GUGAUUGGUCACAUGGGUGGGAGGAGUCUAUUCUGGCUGCGCUUCGGGAGGAUUUUCAUGUGGUUCUUUCUUUCUUGACUGUAUGAACAUGUCCUUAUAAGCAGGUUCCUUAUGUCCAGGACUUUCACUGAAGUUUUCUUUUAAGCACUAUGGUCCGUUUCAUCAGUGAGUCAGCAAAGAUGGAGGAAGCCAGAAAGCAUAUGGCUGCAGAUAUAUUGGACCUCACCCUGGAGAUAAUAUACUGGGUAACUGGAGAGGAUUACACAGUAAUGAAGAAGUCAUCUGGUGAGAGUGUGGCAUCUCGUGGGUCAGGAAAAAGGGGCAAAGGCCGGAGCCGCAUAACAGAUCCUCCACCUUAUUCACAGAAGAAGAUCCUAGAACUUACCUCCAAGAUCACUGAGAUGCUGACUGGAGAGGUUCCUAUAAGGUGUCAGGAUGUCGCUGUCUAUUUCUCCAUGGAGGAGUGGGAGUAUUUCGAAGGACAUAAGGAUCGGUACAAGAAAGUCAUGAUGGAGGAUCAGCAGCCCCUCAAAUCACCACUGGUUGUGUCUCGUCACAGAAACCCACCAGAGAGAUCUCCAAGUCCUUCUUAUUUCCAGGAUUGUCUGGAGGAAGAGCAGAAUGUCCCUCUGGAUUUUCAGGAAAUUGAUGUUGGAAUAACAAGUGGAUUUGAAAAGCACAAAGCAGAAUAUAUGGAUGAUGAAGAAUGGAUGAGAAGCUUCCAAGGACAUCCUCUUUUAUUUCCCCGCUAUGAACAAGAGCACAAUAUCAGUCAAGCUGAUUCAUUGAUUCCUAAUGUGCCCUUAGGCCUUCACAGCAGCGAUUUAUCUGAUACCUCGGGUCUUGAUAUAUGUUCGUCUAAUCCAUCACUGAUCGGAACUGGACGGAAACCGGGGGAUAUAUAUCCAAGUGGGCUACAGUAUCCAGAAGAAUGUAGCCUGUCUUUGCAUGAGGCAGUUCUUAGAGAAGAAAGGCCCUUUACCUGUUCAGAAUGUGGAAAAAGUUUUAUCCGGAAACAGAAUCUUGUAGACCACGUAAGAAGUCACUUGGGGGAGAAGCCAUUUCCAUGCUCAGAUUGCGGAAAAUGUUUUGGCAGGAAAUCAGUUCUUUUUAAACACUUGAGAAUUCAUAGAGGGAAAAGGCCAUAUUCGUGUCCAGAAUGUGGUAAAUCUUUUAGCAAAAAGACAAAUGUUAUGAAGCACCUAAGAACACACACAUCGGCAAAGCCAUUUGCAUGCUCCGAAUGUGGAAAAUGUUUUGCCCAAAAAUCAUCUCUUGUUAACCACUAUAAAAGUCACAGCGAUAAGAAACCCUUUGCGUGUCCUGAAUGUUGGAAAUGGUUUAGUAAAAAAUCGUAUCUUAUGUUACAUAUGCGAACUCACACGGGAGAGAAGCCAUAUUCCUGUAUGGAAUGUGGGAAAGGUUUUAGCAAGAAAUCAAGUCUUGUGAGGCAUCGAAGAACUCACACAAGGGGGAAGACUUUUUCGGAAUACGGGCGAUAUUUUUCCCAAAAAUCUGGUAAUUAUCGUCAUUUUAAAAACCACCCUGACAAGCCGUUCUCCUGUCCUGAAUGUGGGAAAGGCUUUAGUAGGAAAGCAAAUGUUAUGGUCCAUCUGAGACUUCACACGGGGGAGAAGCCGUUUGCGUGUCAAGAAUGUGGCAAAUGCUUUAAUCAGAAAUCAAAUCUGAUGGUUCAUGUAAGACUUCACACGGGGGAGCAGCCGUUCUCCUGUCCAGAAUGUGGGAAAUCGUUUAAUCAGAAAGCAAAUCUUUUGAUACAUCUACGACAUCACACUCGGUAGAAGCUUUUUUAAUGUUUAGAAUGUGGGAAAUGUUUUAUCCAGAAAGUUAGUUGUCUACAUCAGAUGAUACAUUUGACUUUUCAUAUUGUAGGAAAUGUUGGAAGGUGUGGAACUUCUCUGUAGGGCUUCCCGAGGAUGCCUUUCAAUGUAUAACUUAGCCCUUUGAGGACCCGUAUAAUACUAGUAUAGUGAAACAGAAGUCUACUCCUAAGAAGCUUUAAUGUACAUAGAUAUAUAUAUAUAGUGCAUAAUCAAUACCAUUACGGGACUAAUAAACUCUUGAUACAAUUUGAAGUGAAAACAAAACUCCAAAACAAUUAGCAAACAACUAAUAAUUUACAAAUUUAUUUAGGAUUGUUAAACGGUAUAAAAAGACUGGAAACUACUGAAAACAUUGACUUUGUUUUUGUAUACCCGUCAAAAAAUAAAUGAACAGAAACUAAACACUAACCUGUAAGUACGACAGAAUGGCACCUAAAGAUAGGACAAAAUUGACCCACGUAAAAUUGAAACUUACAGCAUUUAAAAAGUUAUGACUGCUGGAAAACCAAGAGGCAAAAACAAGAACAAAAAAAGUUUUUUUUCCUUAAGGACCUGCUCUACAAUUCAGAAUAUUGCCGUUUUUUUUCUUACUCAGAAUGGGUUAUCAUGGAGAUAUGGAUUUGCAUGAUCUUAGUGACACUGUCACUAAAACAGAAAAUUCUAGUUUUCGUGUGGAUAUCAAGGGUUUAUUUUGAAACACUAAGGACAAUUUGCCCCCCAGGAACUUAAGUAUUGUUAACUAUCGGCACCCGGCGAUCAGUGGUGAAUACUGCAACUAAACAAACUUACAAGACUUUCUGCCCUCUCUUCUAUGUAGAACUGUUUUAGUUAAGCCUUCAAGCCGUCUUGAGGUUUUCUUCGAACUAUUCGAUUCAGACCGGGGAGAAGCUCGAAACAAAAAAUCUUGGAUCACUUUUUAUACAGCAGUUUUUUUCGCUGCUCUGAAACACCAUUGAAACCAAAGUGAAACUCGUAUAAGAUGUAAUGGUGGCAAUGACUGCGGAAAAUGGCAAAAAUAUUUCUUAGAAUUCUAUUUAAUGAAACAUAUAUUGAUCUAAAGUCAGUGUUUAGGUCUUUGAGAAAAAAAAUCCUCUGAGGAAAUGAAAAAAGGGGCUUUAUGAACACAUGAAAGACUUGGCCCAAUCCGCAUGAUAAUUCAAAGGAACAGCGAAGGACCCGUAAGGUCUGGACUAAAGAGUCGGGAGAUAUACUGUAUUACGACCGGAGAUGAACUCCUUAUACACAAAACCCUUCAGAUGGCCUAGAUUUAUUCAUAUCAAAAUCUCUACGUAUUUUAUCUCUACGUAAGGUUUUGCUCUCACAUUGUCAGAUUUACAGUCUCCUUGUGGGAAAGUGUAUUUUGUUGGUUUUUCAUGCACUCAGUUGCACCAUUAGGGGACAUUUUAUGCCAAAUUGCACACAUAAUGUUAUUAAAGGGGUUCUCCGCCCCUAGACAUCCAAAGGAUAGGGGAUCGUGGGACCCUGCCCCUGAGGACCCCUGUAAUGUCUGCUGCAGCACCCCAGACAUCCGAUGGACGGAGCGAACUUCGCUCCGUCCUGGAUGGCUGGCGAUGCGGGGCAGAGGCUUGUGAUGUCACAGUCACGCCCCGCUCGUGAUGUCACGGCCACGCCACCCACAAUGCAUGUCUAUGGGAGGGGGCAUGAUGUCACGAACGGGGCGUGGCUGUAACAUCACGAGCCUCUUGCGCUGCACCUGGCGCUCUUAAUAAACGCCGGGUGCAGCAGGGAGAUUGCGGGGGUCCCCAGCGAGAUUAGACAUCUUAUCUCCUAUCCUUUUGGAUAGGGGAUAAGAUGUCUAGGGGUGUAGUACCCCUUUAAUUACACUGGACUUCUCAUUGACUGUGAGGUCUGCUUUUAUGGUCAAAUCAACAACAAAAAAACGAACGCAAAAUUUGUUGGGAAAGUGUAGACUUUCUAGUAAAUCUGGGCCUAUGGGUCUGUGUUUUCACAAGUAUUAACUUUUGUGGAAAGAAUAGGUCACAUGAUUUGAGGUGAGUGAGUUAUUCAAGAUGCUGCGUAAAAAAGUAGAAAUGAUAGACGAGCUCAAAAUUUUUUAGUUUUCGCUAGAAGUAUCCAGAGAUCUAGAAAUUAGUUAAACCCCGUUAUCAUGGUAUUAAUCUAAUAAUACUUGGUCCACAAGGAUUGUCUACUAAAGUGGAAUAUCUGUGGUCUAGUUGGGGGUCCAUUUUAUAGCUAUAAUCUUGGAUGCCGUGGAUUCCCCAAAUGUUUUGAGAAGGUGUCUUCGGAAAAUGACUUAUUGUUUAAAUUUUUAAAGUUUUUAUGUUAAACAUUUUUAAAACAUUUUUGGUGUUUUUUUUUAUUUUCCUUUAUAUAUUCUAAAACAAUCCCAAAAUCUUGCAGUUUUCAUUUGACCACUAGGCCUAAAACUGAACUAAGACUUCCUGUUCUGUCUGUGAUGAUAAGGAGGAGGCUGCUGGGAAAGUUAUCUGUACAGCAUUACAAUGAAUGUUUAGAUACUGGGUAUUGCGGUCCUCUUGCAAGGCCUGGGCUGUGAUAUAGCUGGGUUGGUGCUGUGUAGUGGAGUCCUUUAUGAGACUAACAUAGGAUAGAUACCUGUAUGAUUUUAUCAAAAUAGAUUUAUUGAAAUAUAUAUAGAAAGAGCUAUUGUUUAUACAAUUGUUGUGUAGCUGGAGGUGGCUGCGGAGCCCUUGCAGCCGACC